AUGGCUGCCACUCAACAAUACACCAGGGCUAUCAACGAGUAUGUCGCGAAGUCGACGUUCGGGCGCGUGUUCCGCCUGCAAGGCUGCGGCCAUGAAAAGGAGAUCCUGGGCACGACGUUCCUCACCGAGCUCCGCGCUGGUGUGACCACCUUUGCUACUAUGGCGUACAUCAUCGCCGUCAACGGAUCCAUUGUCUCUCAGUCCGGGGGCACUUGUAUCUGUGAGAGCGCGUCGGACCCGACUUGUCUCAAGGACACCGACUAUGCGCGCUGCGUCCUUGACAUUCAAAGGGACCUGAUCACCACGACGGCCACGAUCUCGGAACUUGCCUCGUUUGUGUUUGGCUUCCUCACGAAUCUGCCCGUGGCGCUUGCCCCCGGAAUGGGACUCAACGCCUACUUUACCUACCAAGUCGUCGGGUUUCACGGUACCGGACCAGUCUCGUACCGGCUCGCCCUGACGGCCGUGUUCAUCGAAGGCUUCAUCUUCGCAUUCCUCUUCCUGAUCGGCAUGCGCCAGUGGCUUGUGGGCGUCAUCUCCUCGUCGCUCAAAGAUCGCCAGCACAGCAGGCAUCGGCCUCUUCCUCACGCUGAUCGGCCUGUCCACGUCGGCGGGCCUCGGAGUCAUCACGGGCGCGCAGAGCACCCCUCUCGAGCUCGCGGGCUGCCCAGUCAGGUACCGAGACGAGUUCGGCGUCUGUCAGAGCCAUAA